AUGCAAGAUGUACAUCUAUUGAAAAUAGCAUUAGAUAAUUACGCUCGCAAAAUAAACAAUCAUAAGAACAUUGAAUAUUCGAGUGAGUCAGUUAAUCUAACACAGAUUUAUGCAGAGAAUUUCACAGAUUACAGUACAGAUUUAGAUCAUACAUUAAUGUUAUCAAACUACAGUAGUGAUGCAAAUACUUUGGCGGAUGAUAAUAGUCAAGAACAUAAUCUUAGAACAUACUUUUCUGAUCAAAAAGACAAGUAUACAAGGAUUAUUAAACCAAAGGCUUAA